ACAUCUUACAGAUGGAAUAAGCCCGAUAUUACGCAUUUGAUUGAAGCGUCCUCAAGGAAUCGCAUGUGCCAAUUGAUUUUGCGUCAUGUACAUAAGAGGACCUUGAAAUGCGUUAAUGAUAUUCUUAAUACUAACCCAAUUAUCAGAGGCCUAGUGCAGGGACUGAAAUAUGAACACUUUCAGGGUACUCUGCUUAAGUACGAACAGAAAGCCAUUUUGGAUAUUGUUACGUGGGAGGUCUUCUGGUGCGAUUUUAUCUGUGGACUGCUUGAAGAUUUCGAUCCCAAUAUCAAGGAAACAAUAAAGUGCUUCGUCUCAGGCAUGUCUUAUGAAGCAUAUUGCAUCGAGUUGAGUAGAUUUGUAGCGGAAAUAGAAGCAAGAACGAAUGCCGACUUUGUUCGAGAUUUAAAAGAUAUCGCUAUAAUGUCUUUUGAUACGGUGGGAAAGUAA